AUGCCUGGAAAUCUUCCUUACCUCCCUUGCCCGACGUCAAGGAGUUUCACCUUCAUCCUACUUUUCCUCUCUAUUGAGAAAAAUUGCUAUGUCGCCGCCUUUCUAUACCUAGAUGGCUGCGGGUUGAUCUUCUUGGCUGGGUUCUAUGCUGCUUUGAUUGAUGAGGAGCUACGUUUGGAGGAAGCUCAGCUGCGUGCAAAAGAGCAAGAGCUCCUUGCCGCACUUAAUCAGCCUUCCUCGACUGAGGUUUCGAUUCCUGUGGUGGAAACCUCCAGCUCUCAAGUGGUUCCUGAGGUUACUGGGGACCUACCUGCUAAAAUUCCUGCUGUUUAUUUGCCAGCUACUUCUUCAUCAGUGGUCGUUGCUUCUCCGGCAACUACUUCCCUUCCCAUUAUCGAGCUUACAUUCCCCAUAAGCUUGGAAAAGUCCUUGGCUGAGGUUGCUCCCAGCAAACGUCUCGGCCGCAAACUUACCAGAGCUCCUCCUCCCAAGAGGAGAUUGAUUCUUUCUGGUGAAGAAUUGCUCUCAGAAGAUUUUGCUUCUACUGACCUCCCUUCUGAUGAGCUUACUUUGGCUAACCUUUAUUCUUCUCUUGUUUUCUCUGACUCGCCCUCUUCUGGUACUAGUGCUCCUAGUGGCACUUAUUUUACUUUUCCCUUGUCUUUUACAGAAUCUGGGUCUUUACCUUCUUCAUUUUCUUCCUAUCUAGUUUUCGCUCCCCCUUCUAUUCCCACCUCUUCUUUCUCCAUGGGUUCUUCUACUGUUCCUGUCCUCCCUAUAUUGUUGGGAGGUUCUUUUGCUAGUGCUUGGGAGGAAAUUCAUCCUCUCUUUGGAGAACUUACUACUCCUGAGACAAUUGAUCAAUUCUCUCACAAGGAGACCCAACAAGUUGCUGAUAUGUCUUCUGCUAGAACUUCAGAAGAAUCCAAGCAACAAUAUGAAGCUCAAAUUGAGAGUCUUCAAUCACAAUUUAAAUCAGCUACGGAUCUUAACAAGGAAUUAACUUCCAAAUUAGAGAAGCAAACUGUUGAAAUCAACGAGUUAAAAUCUAAUUAUGAGUCUGCGUUGGCUAAUAAACUCAAGGCUCUACAGCCGAAGGAUGAUGAAAUAACUUCCUUAAAUACCUCCCUAAAUUCAGCUAAAACCAAGGCCUCUACCAAAGAAGCUGAGUUGCAGCCUUCCCAGACGGCUUUAGUAGUUUACAAAGCUGGUGAAGAUGGUCAUUUCAAGGAUCGAGCUAUCGUCUUGAUCUAA